UCCCGUCGGACUCCUUGCUGUACAUGCCCGUCAAGUCGUCCUCUAUGAAUUUCGCUGUUAUUUAACUUCAUUACCGUGUUUGUUUUCGUCCAGUUGUACCACCACCAUAUGAAUAGGUAGAUAAUUAUUGGGAGGCGAUUGGAAAAUGACAUCCAGAGGGACGCCGAGCCGCUUCCUGCAGAGUGUUCUCCACAACGGGGUUGGCCGCUAUGUCUGCCAGCUGAAGCGCAUCUCCAUCAUCUUCUCCAAAAAAGCCCAGAGCUCGCUGGGGGUCAGGGACUUCAUUGAAGAGGGAGUGGUGGAUUAUGCCAAGAAAAACCCUGGAACUGUGGUCUAUGUGUCUCCCCAGACCUGCAGGAUACCCAAAAUAGUAGCAGAAUACUUAAAUGGCAACGUGAGGGAGGAAACUGUCACAAACAAAACCUCUCAGCAGAUUUCCGAGCUCGUGACCAAGCUGGCCAGUCAGUCCGGCCUGGACAUCAUCCGCAUCCGGAAGCCCUUCCACACCGACAGCCCCAGCAUCCAGGGCCUGUGGCACCCCUUCACCAACCGGGCCCCCACCGUCGGCCCCGUCAGGCCCCCGACACAGGAGGCAAAAUGAGGACCAGACCUGGGCGAAAUGACAAUCAAAGCUGGGACAUUUCCACCAAAACAGAGCUUGAUUUCUAUCAAUCAUGCAAGAGAUGUCACUCAUCUUGGAGGCUGAUGGAGCGUCUGACAGCUCCGACAGCUGUAGUAUUGACAGCCGUUUUGCGGGGUGUGUUUGGAGCAUGUCUGCCGGGGACCCCACUAGAGACUGAAUAUUGUUUUUCAUCACCACACCCUCCCUCCUGUCUGGCAGUGGCAGCAAAGCCACUUGUCUGGUUCCACUCAGCCGUACAGAACAAUGCAUCCUGUACCAGCUCUGAAUACCACAUUUGAAUAAACUUUACAUGAUUACACCAGAGGCUUGUCAGCGAGCAUACUAAAAUGCAGAUAAUGUUUUUCAUCCCAAGGUUACACAGCGAUUCAUGUAUUAAGUGCAGCAGCCCGCAGCAGCUGGAGCUUUGUAAUGAAAUAAUAAUAAAAAAAAAAGAGAAAAUAUGUUUUGUUCAGAUGCCAUCUCUAAAUUUAGAAGGCCUCUUUGAGAUUUGUGAGUCUUG